UAUUCAAUAAUAUUUAAUAUUCUAUCAGUGAACAUCCAAACCCGGCGGUCCGGAGGUUUGGCCGCUCGAGGACACCGUAGUUUGAACUCACUAGUAACGUGACUGAAACAUCCAUAGAGAUCUAUGAAAACAUCUCCAAACCUGCUCCAAACCAGCCAGAAACUACAAUCACUGACAAACGUGUGCCAGUAUGGAGGGAGAGCCCCUCUCCUCCCUGUGUUCUCCUGCUCUGGUGGUGGAUGUGGACGUUGUGAAGAGAAACGCCCAGAGGAUGAUCCAACGCUGUCACAGUUUAGGAGUCCAGCUAAGACCACACAUGAAGACCCAUAAAACCAUUGAGUGUGCUGACAUCAUGACAGCUGGAUCACGGAGGUGCAUCGUAGUUUCCACCCUGGCGGAGGCCCGUUUCUAUGCCGACCACGGGUUUGAUGACAUCCUGUAUGCGUACUCUCUUCCCUUUGAUAAGGUGGAGCGUUGUGCAGCUCUCUCUGAGCGUCUGGAUCUCUUCCAGGUCUUACUGGACCAUCCUGAUGCUCUGGAUCAGCUCAAAAACAGACCGCUGAGAGACGGCCGGCUGUGGCACGUCUGGCUCAAACUGGACUGUGGCAACGGGAGAGCUGGCGUCCUGCACUCAGAGCCUGAGGCGCUCCGAUUGGCUCAGGCCAUCAGCGGGUCGGAGGGCGUGGAGCUGACGGGAGUGUACGCUCACUGUGGGAACAGCUACAACUGCAGAGGAGUGGAGCAAAUCCAGGCUGUCGCUACGGAAACCACUCAGCUGACUCUGCAGUUUAUGGAGAAACUGAAGGCUGUUGGUAUCAGCUGUAAGUCCAGCAUCGGCUCCACUCCGUCCUGCAGUCACCCAGUCAGAGACAUGGCCCAGCUCAGUGAGGUGCAUCCUGGGAACUACGGCUUCUACGACGUGCAGCAGUCUGUGAUUGGUUCCUGCAGCGUGGAGGACGUGGCUGUGAGGGUUUUGACCAGAGUCAUCGGUCAUUGUCCUCACAGGAACCAGCUGCUGGUGGACUGUGGCUGGGCCGCUCUCAGUCUGGAUGGAGCUGGGAAACUUCCCACUGGAUAUGCUGUGAUUGAAGGACACCCAAACCUCAAGUUGUUGUCGAUGACCCAGGAGCACGGCAGAGUGGAGCCCAUCUCCGGACCGCUGGACUACAGCAGAUAUCCUCUGGGCUCACUGCUCAAACUCAUCCCCUACCACUCGUGUGCCACAGCGGCGAUGCAUCCUGUCUACCACGUUCACUCUGGAGGUCGUCUGCUGGGGACGUGGACGCCGACACGCGGCUGGUGAACCACCAACAACAUUUAAGUGAAGAGAUAUUCCAAACACCCGGAUUAAAUAACGUAUCAUACUUUUUGUAUUCCCCCAAUUGUUCUGUGUUGUCUCCUCAUCAUUUCAGUAAUGCUGCCUCGUUGUUGUUGUUUUUUUCAAAUCAGUCAAAUAUUAUUUUGUAUUUCUACUCUAUUACAGUUUGUAGGUAAUUAUUGUACUUUUUUUAGCCCGUUACAUUUAUUUGACAGCUUAAGUUACUUUGCCGAUUUUGAUUUUUAAAUACAAAAUAUGAAUCCAAAUUAUAAUCUGAUAUAAUAAUAUAGGUUAAACCACCAAGCAGUAUAUAGAAUAAUUAAAUUUAGCUCCACCUUUACCAGCCACAUCAUUAAAGUAUUCUACUGUAUUGAUUGAUACAUCAAUAAUUAUAAUAUAAUUCAGUUAUAUAAUGCAUAUUCUGAGAUUGGACCAUUGUCCACAAUGUGUACCUACUUUAAGUAUAUUUUGAUGCUAAAACCUCAGUAUAUUGACUUAAGUAUUUUUGAUACAGUAGUAUUGCUUGUGUUGUAGCUGCAUUAUUAAAUGAUCAUAAUACACUUUUAUGAACUUUAACUGUGCAGUGACUUCCACAGAAUCUUUGGAAUACUGGUGGUUAAUUUCUUCUGACUAAAUAAAAUGAUUGUUCUCACUAAUAA